GGCUGUACUCAGCCCCCUGGGCGGAGGUUUCCCGCCUUCUGUCCCUUCCCGGGGCCCUGCCCCAGGUUCCCGCACCGGCUUCUAUCUGGCUUCUCCCCACUUUACCCACUCGGAAAGCCCUCGCCUACAGUGACCCCCUUCCACCUGGCCACGUGAUCGCCGCAGCCCACCUUUCUCUCUCCUGGUGACAGCACUUCAGUUUCUAAUCUCUACCACAUUUACCCAAGAACGUGACAAGUAGACCAAAACGGCGGAGACUCAUUAUAACACUGGUUAUCAACCAGCAUUCUGGGAUUGUCAGUGCCAAGGUUGGAGGGGAGGCGCGCUUUCCUCGCGGGUUUGGAAAGGCCGCCCCUGCUCCACCCUCCCGGCCCCCGGCGGCACCGCCUGCGGACCUGCACUCUCUGCGGUCCCUCCCACGGCCCCAGCUCCGCCACAGCCUCGCGACCCGCGCGCGAGGCGACAUGGCGGGCGACCACCGCCUCCUGCUGGAGAACGCGCGGCAAGUGGUGCUGGUGUGCGCCCGCGGGGAGCGCUUCCUGGUGCGGGACGCGCUGCGCAGCCUGGCGGUGCUGGAGGACGCCAGCCUGGUGGUGGGCACGGAUGGGUUUAUAAAAGCCAUCGGUCCUGCCGAUGUUAUUCAAAAACAGUUUUCUGAAGAAACGUUUGAAGAAAGAAUUGACUGUUCUGGGAAAUGCAUCUUGCCAGGUUUGGUGGAUGCACACACACAUCCAGUAUGGGCUGGUGAAAGAGUCCACGAGUUCGCAAUGAAGUUGGCAGGAGCCACAUACAUGGACAUCCACCGGGCAGGAGGAGGGAUCAACUUCACGGUGGAGCGCACACGCCAAGCCUCGGAGGAGGAGCUGUUCGUCUCCUUCCAGCAGCGGCUGCAGUGCAUGAUGCGGGCUGGGACCACGCUGGUGGAGUGCAAGAGCGGAUACGGCCUCAACCUGGAGACCGAGCUCAAGAUGCUCCGCGUGAUUGAGCGCGCCCGGCAGCAGAUGGACCUCGGCAUCUCGGCCACUUACUGCGGGGCUCACUCAGUGCCAAAAGGAAAAACUGCUACUGAAGCUGCUGAUGACAUCAUCAAUGACCACCUCCCGAAGCUGAAGGAACUUAGCAGAAAUGGGCAAAUUCACGUUGACAAUAUAGAUGUGUUCUGUGAGAAGGGUGUCUUUGACCUUGAUUCUACCAGAAGGAUCCUUCAAGGCGGAAAAGAUAUAGGGUUACAGAUCAACUUCCACGGGGAUGAACUGCACCCGAUGAAGGCUGCGGAGCUCGGAGCUGAACUGGGAGCCCAGGCCAUCAGUCACCUGGAAGAAGCGAGUGACGAAGGCAUCGCCGCCAUGGCCACGGCCAGGUGCUCCGCUGUCCUUCUGCCCACCACAGCCUACAUGCUACGACUGAAGCAGCCUCGAGCCAGGAAGAUGUUGGAUGAAGGAGUAAUAGUGGCUUUGGGCAGUGACUUCAACCCUAAUGCCUAUUGCUUUUCGAUGCCAACGGUCAUGCACCUGGCCUGCGUAAACAUGAGAAUGUCCAUGCCGGAGGCCUUGGCCGCUGCCACCAUCAACGCCGCAUAUGCACUGGGGAAAUCUCACACUCACGGAUCUUUGGAAGUUGGCAAACAGGGAGAUCUCAUCAUCAUCAAUGCAUCCAGGUGGGAGCAUUUGAUUUACCAGUUUGGAGGCCACAAUGAACUAAUUGAAUAUGUUAUAGCUAAAGGAAAAGUCAUCUAUAAAAAGUGACAGAACUUAAAGGGAAGAGAAGACACUUCAACUGCAUAAAAUAUAUCAAUACAGUUAUAUUAAAAUACAAAUUACCUUAAUAGUUUACCAAAAUGAUGUCACUUAAAACCAAAUGUAUUUUAUUGUUUUGUUAAUCCACUCAUGAAACCCAAAGGAUUCAUUUAUUACCAUUUGAUAUGCAUCUGGACGUAGAAACAGGUAAACCAAUCAUGAUGAUCAUCUCAAAACAGUAAAUUAUUUCACAAAGAUUUGUCAUCAGUAUUGUGAGGAUUAAGAUGAUGAAUUAUUAAAAGAACACAUUUGUGGA